AGGAACACCGUCGGUUGCUGCAUGAAUAUUUGCUUUUGGACCAACAGAAACUCUUCGAGAAUCAAAAAUGCCAAAACCGGUGAAUGUUCGUGUUAUAACUAUGGAUGCAGAGCUGGAGUUUGCCAUCCAGCCUAAUACUACAGGCAAGCAGCUGUUUGACCAGGUGGUCAAGACUAUAGGCUUGCGUGAAGUGUGGUACUUUGGUCUUCAGUAUGUUGAUAAUAAAGGGUUUCCAACCUGGCUGAAGCUUGACAAAAAGGUCUCUGCUCAAGAUGUCAGGAAAGAGAAUCCUCUGCAGUUCAAAUUCCGUGCCAAGUUCUUCCCUGAGGAUGUGUCUGAGGAGCUGAUCCAGGACAUCACGCAAAAGCUGUUUUUCCUCCAGGUGAAGGAGGGAAUCCUUAGUGAUGAGAUCUAUUGCCCACCUGAAACUGCAGUCCUCCUUGGGUCUUAUGCUGUGCAAGCCAAAUUUGGAGAUUACAAUAAAGAAUUGCACAAGUCUGGAUACCUCAGUUCUGAACGCCUGAUCCCCCAAAGAGUAAUGGACCAGCACAAACUCUCUAGGGAACAGUGGGAAGAACGGAUCCAGGCCUGGCAUGCUGAGCAUGGCGGAAUGCUCAAAGAGAGUGCCAUGCUGGAAUACCUGAAGAUUGCCCAGGACUUAGAGAUGUAUGGAAUCAACUAUUUUGAAAUCAAGAACAAAAAAGGGACAGAACUCUGGCUAGGGGUAGAUGCACUUGGACUGAAUAUUUAUGAAAAGGAUGACAAAUUGACCCCCAAGAUUGGUUUCCCUUGGAGUGAGAUUAGAAAUAUUUCUUUCAAUGAUAAGAAGUUUGUUAUAAAACCUAUUGACAAGAAAGCACCAGAUUUUGUGUUUUAUGCUCCUCGUCUGAGAAUUAACAAGAGGAUCUUGCAGCUAUGCAUGGGAAACCAUGAGUUGUACAUGCGUCGUAGGAAGCCUGACACCAUUGAGGUCCAGCAGAUGAAAGCCCAGGCCCGUGAAGAGAAGCACCAGAAGCAGCUGGAAAGGCAACAAUUAGAAAAUGAAAAGAAGAGGAGGGAGACUAUCGAGAAGGAAAAGGAGCAGAUGUUAAGGGAGAAAGAAGAGCUCAUAGUGAGACUGCAGGAGUAUGAACAGAAGACACAGAAAGCAGAAAAAGAGCUGUCUGACCAAAUCCAAAAAGCCUUGCUGCUUGAGGAUGAAAGGAAAAGGGCUCAAGAGGAAUCUGAACGCCUGGAGAAUGAGCGUUUGGCUGCUCUGCAAGCCAAGGAAGAACUAGAGAGGCAAGCUGCCGAUCAGAUGAAGAGCCAGGAGCAGCUGGCUACAGAGCUUGCAGAAUACACAGCAAGGAUCGCACUUCUGGAAGAGGCGAGAAAGCGCAAGGAGGGUGAGGUGGAAGAAUGGCAGCACAGGGCUAAAGAAGCCCAAGACGAUCUCAUCAAAACAAAGGAGGAGCUGCACUUGGUGAUGGCUGCUCCCCCUCCUCCUCCCCCCCCAGUGUAUGAGCCAGUGCACUAUCACGUCCAUGAUAAUCUUCAGGAAGAAGGAACAGAGUUGUCCGGCUACAGCGCAGAAUUCUCAAGUGAAGGCAUAUUAGACGAUCGCAAUGAAGAAAAGCGUAUUACAGAAGCUGAAAAGAAUGAGCGUGUUCAGAGGCAGCUGAAGACACUGACUGAUGAACUAGCCCAAGCCAGAGAUGAGAACAAGAAGACCCAAAAUGACCUCAUCCAUACAGAGAACAUGCGGCAAGGACGGGACAAGUACAAGACCCUGAGACAGAUUCGGCAAGGCAAUACCAAACAGAGGAUCGAUGAAUUUGAAGCUAUGUAAAAGCACCAAGAAGGCAAGACUCUGGAAAAUGCAGAUCUUGAAUACUGACUUUUCUUUUCGAAGGGUCACUGAACAGACACACCAAAUAAUAUCCCCAUACUCUCUCACUUGGAUGCUACCUGAACUUAGCAACCAUCAACUUCAGUAAGUGCACAGGGGUUGCUGCCAGAGAAUAUCAGUCAAAUCUUGGAAACUUCACAUUUGGCCAUAUCCUAGUGCCAAAAAGGCCUUUCUUACUUUGUUGUCCAAUUUUAAGACUUAACGUGCAG